CAGUGAACCAUGACUGCCUAAGAGCUGCACUUACUCACAUGCCUUAUAAAGCCACAUAAAGAGUCAAAGACUGGCCCCCUCGACAACUCUACUCUACACCUCCAUUUGCCAACCGUUUUUAUCUAGUCUGCCCUCGUGUGUUCAAGAUCCUUCUGGCCGGCGCCUGCCCUGAAGCCGCCCUAACGGCUCGACGUUCUGGUCUUGUCGAUCUUCCAAACCUCGAUUGUCCGCACAGCAGCCUGGCAUGGAUCAAUGCGCAUCAGUCCUUCUGGCCUUCCCGCCGGACCAGGAGCUGGCCGACGAUGAGCAGUAUGACAAGGCUGUCAAGGCCCACGUCCAGAGACUUGGACGGCUACUGAAGGAGCAGGCUGCCGUCCUCUCCGCCAAUGCUGGUCUACUUCUUGAUCACAUAGAUGUAACCCUAAACUCAAUAUCGUACCUCGUCCUGCUACAGUCUGCUUUCGAUCCCGAUUCGAAGCCCUCACAAGCGACCAAAGACUUCAUUGGGCGCACCAUAAGCUUCCUUCUCAAAUUCGAUCCCCGCCAGAUACGAUAUGCCGGUGUGCCGUUCUCAAAUCUGCUUACCGUGCUGCUAUCUGGAGAUAUCUUUCCUGGAUCCGUUGCUGUUGCUGCCGCAUCCAUUGCCCUGCGUAGGCUCGACCCGACGGGCUCCAUGUUCACUUCGCACCACCUACCUUUGGUCAGGCUAGCCUAUGAGGUAGACAAUAUCCGCGACGUGCUCGAAGUCAUCAACAGCGACAUAUUGUUUUACCCCGGCAUGAGAACCCACAACGAUUCACGCCCCCUUUGCGACUCACAGCUUCCGCCCCCGGCGUUUAUCAACGUGGAAUCGGGGCUCACCAACAAAGUUACCCCCUCCGAGGUCCUAGAAUAUGAUAUGCUUUGCGGCCUAUGUAAUCUGUCCCUUGGGGAUUGGCGGGUAGCACUCGAUGCCUUUGAGCGGGCUCUUACUACCCCCACCCGAGACAACGGGUGUAGUAAGAUCAUGGUAGACGCACACAACAAAUGGGUCUUGGUUAGUCUCCUCCUCAAGGGAAAGGCCUCGCCGAUUCCUUCGCGCGCAGGGCAAGGCGCCCAGAAGACCUUUGCGACUCUGGGGAGCCCAUAUAUUGCCGUUGCCAAGGCAUUUGAGAUGCACGAGGGCGGCGCGGUGGCACUCAAGGCCGAGUUCGAGAGACUAGGCGAGCAGUUCUGGGCCGACGACGGCAACCUCGGCCUGAUGCGCAUGGUGAUGGCGUAUUACCAGCGCUGGCAGAUUAUCAACCUUCAGGAUGUAUACUCGAAGAUCAGUCUCGAGGAGAUCCGGCAACGCACACAGAGUGCCGAGACCGGCAGGGAGCUUGAACAUGCAGGCGACGUGGAGGAGUUGGUCCACGGCAUAAUCAGUGCGGGCACGCUCAGCGGCGCGAUCGAGAAGCCGGAUGGAGCGAUAUUCCGCGAUGGUCGGGGAUACUUGGCCUUCAUCCAGCCGGCGGAGGAGCUGUCCGAGUCCAAGUUUGCCGCGGAACUUCUUGCCUCGGUACAGCGCAUCAAAGAGCUGGAGCCGGUCUUGAAGGCUACGAACGAGCGCCUGGCCGCGAGCCGGGAGUACGCAAGGUUCCUGAUUAAGGAGCAGAGGCUAGAGAGGGAGAACGCGAGGGACCCUGGCAUUGGGUUUGAUUCGCAAAUCGAAGACGAGGACUUGAUGACUGGCAUCAUUGCGCCCCGUUAGGGAUGGUCAGGACGGACUUGGGAAGCGGGCAAGGCUAGGUAGCUCCGCCUUCUCAGGGACUUCCUACUCCCUCUUAGAAUAUUCCCCAGACGGUCACUCACCCCCUCUUGCGAAAGCCACACUCUAGGAAGUGUCCUUUCGCUGCUGAAACCCGCCGGAAAGUCUAUCUAUACACUCUAGGUUGUCUGCGGCGGCGGGGGAAUCGCAGGAGAAAGCGGAAGCAUGGGCGUUUGGAAAAGGGGCGUUCCCACUCGAACUUGCUAUUGCAUAGAAUACCUACUUAGCUCAGGUCAAUCAAUGAUGAUAAUGACGCAGACUAGGCAGAUAGUGAUACAUUCAUGAUAGACGUUGGUUGUAUAGAUGGCCGGCGAAGCAGAUCAUCACAGCAAAUAGUAUUGAAUAGUCUG